AUGGAUAAAACCGGUGAGAUGCUAAGCGCGGACGAGAAAACUUUCACAGUACAACUAAAACCGGCAUCGGAACUUGAGAUGGAUGAUGAUCUAUGCGGUAAUCCGGACCUUGCCACAAAUGACGAGUACGGAGAGGCUGAUAAAAUCUCAGGGCCAAUGGAAGAUGUCUGGAUUUCAAAGAACUGUGGUGACGAUCUGUACCUACAUUGCACGUACACUUGCAUGCGAGUCCUCGAUAAAAGACUUGCUCAUGCAAGCAAGAAGGAUAAGAAGUUUCUUGACAUUCUUUGGCAAGAUGCCAACGGAAACUCGGCGCUGAUGCUAGCAGCAGCGGAAAAUCGUAUUCUUCAUGUGAAAGAAAUACUUCGAAUGGCAUGUGAACGUGGAAAAUUAUGCCAGAUGUUAAAUUUUGAAAGCACCCAACAAUCACUCAACUUGUAUCACCAACUCUUCAGUUGCUCGUCGAGUGGCGGUUGGAGUGGUAUCGUUGAAAUCUAUCGCGUGCCAGAGAUCUCCGAUUAG